AUGUCUGCCUCGCUUCCGGGUCCCCGCGACCUGCCUGCCUCUCAGUAUGACCUGACUACCUACUGGGGCCGUGUUCGCCAUGCUGCGGACCUUGCUGACCCUCGAACACUGUUGGUCUCGUCCGCGGGCCUAGACCAGGCCAAGCAGCUCAUCGCGUCCUACAAACAGAAGAAGAUCCCUGCCAUGACUCCGGACUUGUGGGAGGCAAAGAAGGUCGUCGACUCGACCCUACACCCCGACACUGGCGAGCCCGUAAUGCUCCCCUUCCGCAUGUCGGCCUACGUGCUCACUAACCUGGUCGUCACGGCCGGUAUGCUCACACCGGGCCUCCAGACCACUGGCACUCUUCUCUGGCAGAUCGGUAACCAGUCGCUGAACGUCGCGGUCAACAAUGCCAAUGCCAACAAGUCCACCCCGCUGUCCACCUCUCAGAUUGCCAAGUCCUAUCUUAUGGCUGUCUCCGCCUCGUGCUCCGUCGCGCUGGGUCUGAACGCCCUCGUUCCUCGCAUCAAGGGCAUUGCGCCCAACACCCGCCUCAUCCUGUCCCGCCUGGUCCCCUUCGCCGCCGUCGCCAGCGCUAGCGCUCUGAACGUUUUCCUUAUGCGUGGUGAGGAGAUCCGCCGCGGUAUCGACGUCUACCCCGUUCUGUCCGAGGAGGAGCGGACCAAGCGUGAGAAGCUCGGCGACGACGCAAAUCCUCUGGAGAGCCUGGGCAAGAGUAAGAAGGCCGCUACCCUCGCCGUCGGCGAAACUGCCGUCAGUCGUGUGCUGAACGCCACCCCGAUCAUGGUGAUCCCGCCCCUGCUUCUCGUCCGUCUGGAGAAGACCCAGUGGCUGAAGUCCCGCCCCCGCAUGAUCCUGCCUGUCAACCUGGGUCUGGUUCUGACCACCUCUCUCUUCGCGCUGCCUCUGGCCCUGGCUGCUUUCCCUCAGCGCCAGGCCAUCAGCGCUAGCAGCCUGGAGGAGGAGUUCUGGGAGCGCGGCGGCCACGGUGGUAUGGUGGAGUUCAACCGCGGAAUAUAA